CCUUGCCUUCAACACAAAGCAAGCAAACAAAAAUGGAGAAAAAGCAGUAUAAUCAACUCAUAUCCCUUUCCUCCUUCCUCUUCCUUCUCAUGAACCAGGGCCUAGCACAAGCACCUGCACCACAGCCUGCUCCUGUUCUUAGCAAGCCCUUUGUGCUUGUACAUGGUGCAGGACACGGUGCUUGGUGCUGGUACAAAGUUCUACCAUUGCUAAGAUCAUCUGGCUAUAAUGUUACAGCUAUAGAUUUAGCAGCCUCUGGAAUCAACCCACUUCAAAUUAGUGAUAUCAGCACAAUUUCUGAUCAUUAUCAGCCGUUGGUGAAUUUAUUACAAUCUUUGCCAGCAAAUGAAAGCAUAAUCCUCGUCGGUCAUAGUAUUGGUGGGUUUGCAAUUUCUUAUGCAAUGGAGAGAUUUCCAAGUAAAAUUGCUUGUGCAGUUUUUAUUGCUGCCCUUAUGCCUGGUCCUUCCCUCAACGCCUCCACGGUUUAUCAAGAGUAUGCAGCACAACAAGGUGGGACACUAGACAGCCAAGUUGAAUCGGAUGCCGAUAAUAAUCCAACUAGUAUCACAUUAGGCCCCAUCUUUGCAAAAGAAAAAUUGUAUAAUCUCAGCCCAGUGGAGGAUUGGACAUUGGCGACAACGUUGAUAAGACCAGAACCUCUACCGAGUCAACAAGACUAUUUGUCAGGUGAACUAGCGGUGACAACACAGAAUUACGGAACGAUUAAAAGGGUUUACAUCCGCUCGGAUCAGGAUUUGGCAUUAAAGAUUGAUGUCCAAAAUUGGAUGAUUCAAAAAAAUCCACCCAAUCAGUCUGUGCAGAUAGCAGGAUCUGAUCAUAUGGUCAUGAUUUCUAAGCCUAACGAGCUUUCAUCUGUUCUGCAACAAAUUGCUCAAACUUAUUAGCCGAUGGUAACAUGAUGUAACGAUAUGGCAAUAUCUUGCUCAGAAUGUCAAGCAUUAAUAAAUAAAUAAGCAAAGAAAACCUGAUCCCUUCUACUUAACAGUGUGGGAAUAACCACGCUCUUCACUUUUAGAGUUCUUCUUUUUAUGUUGUUAUAUGGUAAAUUGAUAUAUGAUUCCACUUGUAUGCUCAUCUUAAUCAUUUGAAAUGAUAUAAAGGAUCUUGUUUUCUUUCUCUAAAA